AUGAAGUUAAAAAGAAACAGCUACUUGUGUUUCUUCCUGUGGGUCAUAGUACCUGUUGAAUCAAAACCACAGGCUCGGUACUCCAAAGACUGUGACUGUCACUGUUCAGAAUCGUCUGACACAAGUUUAUGCGACAGGAUAUCUAAAAUAGAAACCGUCUUACGAACAGUCGUUAAAGCUAUAGCAGACAGGACUUACCUUAUUAAUGAAGUGAAACAUUUAAAUAUUUGGAAGGAUUCUCAAGUACAUGUGACUAAAGGUUUAAUAGCUGAGAUACAACAAUUGAAGGAUCGCUUGGAUGUUGAAGUUCUACCCUCAUCACAACCACUUAUUGGGAAGCCAGAUGACAAAAUGCAGAAUGAUGCUGAUUCUGGAUCUGGUGGUUUUGAAGAGGAAAAGAGAGAAGCAACGAAAGAAGUGUCGGAACUGCUCGCCAAAGUGGAAGAAGUGGAAAACAGAACGAUCCAAGUCCAAGAGACUUUGGAAAGCGAACGCCGAGUGCGACGACACUUGGAGGAAAGUCUCAAUGAAACGCGAACGUCUGUACACCUCCUGGGAGAUAAAUUGCAGAAUAUUACCACCCCAGAAAGCAACAAAAGGACUCAAGUGGAAGAAGUAUUGCUCUCUACUUUAGAAAGUAUGAACAAGACCUUAUUUGAAGACCAUCUGCAGAAAUUGUACUACAAAGUGGAUGGAGUCGUGUAUCAAAACGAAACUAAAUUGCUGAGUGAAAGACUAAAUCAAGUGGAAAUAGAAGUGCAAGAAAGCAACAACUACACCAACAAUAACAACCUGACCGAGCUAACAGCAUUGGUGAAGAAUUUGGAAGAACAUUUUCGGCAAAUGAACGACUCACUUCAAUCGGAAAUCACACCUCGCUAUAACAUUACAGCCGUGGAGAUCGCGCAGAUGGAAAGAAUAAAACACCUCGAGGAUAGACUUAUGUCACUGAGCAACAGGAGUGAAGCUUUGAAAUCGGAACUUGAAGAAAUAAGGAACAACAUUGAAAGUUCAGAUGAUCUCCGGGAAAAGUUUUUGAAUUUCACUGACGAGUGGAAAUCUUCUCUUUCUUAUGUGGGAGAGCAAAUGAGUGAGAUCAAAAGAGUUCUUGCAAGAGAAGGCAAAGACGUACCAAUGUUCGAUGACUCAACUGUUUCCAUGUCUCUGGAAAAUGAAACCAUAGCUCCAAAAACGUCUAUGUGUGGCCAUCCAGACAAUAAUAAACCGAACCUCCUGAUAACUAUGGAUACUGACGAAUCUGGAAUUCAACAUUUAUCAUUUGGUUGUUUCCCUAUUGGGCUAUACAUUUUAAGUCCAGUUCCUGUUCCAGCUCGGUGUGAAAAUGGUAUUUGGAUAGGUCCUUUCCCUACCUGCGUCCGCCUUCCUGAUGAAGAAGAAAUCCAUACACUUCACAGUUUGAAGAACUUCAUUCCUCCAAUCCACAUCCAUCCAAAUAACCUUGACAAGCCUUACGGGUUCAUGGGAACUGGUCCAUUGGGUGAGAUGAUAGUGUACCCAGGAACUACAUUCACUUUGCAAUGUCUUUUUCCCAAUACUGUAUUUGGACAACCGAGGUGGUUUGCCUACAACUUUCUGACAGGACUUUUCAAAGAACUAGAGAAUCAGAAGGAGGGAAAUUUCCAUUAUAGCCUGAAAAUAGUCGCAGCGAAGCAAAGUGACAGUGGCUUGUAUACUUGUAAAACCCCCUACGGCAAAGAAUCCAGUAUUACAGUCAUCGUGAAAGAAAUCGAAUGUCCUCCAAUAUCAAGCGACGAAGAAAUUGAAGAGGCAGUAUUUUACAGGCCAACACCAGAGGGUCAGCAUCGAAUCAUCAGUACCACAGCACAAUUUAAGUGUGAGGAUGGACGCACCAUAAGAGCAGUGUGUUUGGCUAAUGGGACAUGGUCCAGAAAAGCUCCUACAGCUAAAGAAUGUCAUAUUAAAAACACUAAAGUGAAUCUCUUUUGGGGCUGUCUACCGUUGGAUUUCACAAACCAUCCUCAUCUGACAGUUGAAAGAGACGAGGAAGAAUCCAAGUUAAGUUUCGGCUGCGAAGGAAGAUGGAACUUGAUCGGCCCUUCAUCUAUUAUUUGUACCGACGACAAAGAAUGGACACGUACUUCUUUGCCGAGAUGCGAAAGAUGGGGAGAAUCUUUGAUUGGUGAUCAAGAUAUAAUUAAUGAAGUUUUAGGGGAUUACUGA